AUGCUGCUUCUGUGGACUAUCACUUUGCUCUUAGCUCUAACUAAAGAUUGCGUGUCUGGAUCUAAAAUGGUCAGGCAGUGCACAUGCGAAGAGUAUCAGAAGUGCAAAACUGCGGUACUUGACGCCCUGGAACCAUGCAGCAAUCAAUGUCAGGAGCAUGUGGUAAAGACAGGCGCUGAUUUUGAGAAGUUGAAAGAAUGUGGGAAUAGGCAGAAAUCGCAUAUUGAAGAUACAAUCAACUGUUUGGAAAAAUCUUUCCCAUAUGGAUGCACAGAUGGUGUACCAGAUAUGAUACCAAGGAGAAACAGAGCAGCAAUGGAGGUUGCAAUACUUACAGAGACCACAAAAAUGAUGAGAAGUGCAAAUCUUCAUAAGGAAUUAUAUCCGUUCCUUGGCAUUGGCCGCAAAUAUGCCAAAUGUGUGCAGAAAUGUGUAGAUCGUUUAACCAACAAUUGCACCCGACCAAUAAAAUGUGCCUUGGAUCUACCACCAGCCGAAGAAUUUAUUAGCACAGCAAAACAGUGUGCAAUAACCAACCAAUUUUUGGCACCAAGUGUUCUUGCAGAACUUUGUGAAUGUGCUGUUGAUGCCGGUUUAAAGUAA